GGAAAGCUCAGAGGAGAAACCUCUUCCUCUUCAUGUGAGGAAACUAAUAGAGAAACCUUGUAAUGAGCCCCAGCCCCCACAUCCUGCCUCUGUGUCCACUGCAGGGCUUCAGCUCCAGACCCGGCAGACUGCGGAAGCUUAAGUCAUGUCACUUCAUUCUGCCACAGUGGUGGCCCUCGUGCUGUGCCUGGGAUGGACAAUUAAUGCUCAGCAAGAAUCUCUGCCGAGUCCUUCCAUUUUGGCUGAUCCAGGCCCUGAGAUUCCCCAAGGACAUUUUGUAAAGAUUGUGUGCACAAGCCCUAGAGAAUAUGAUACAUUGCGUCUGGAGAAGCAUGGCAAAGAAAUAAUGAAUAAGAAUGAUUUGCCUUCUCAAAAACCGGCUAUAUUCCAGCUUGGCCCAGUAAAUGAAGACACUGCUGGAUCUUAUCAGUGUCUCUAUCAAAAAGGGCCUAUGUGGUCCCAACGCAGUGAGAUUCUGGAGCUGAAAGUGACCAGUGAAGAUGUCACCCACACUUCUGACCCAGUCCCAGGAGUGACCUCAGACACAUCUUGGCUGAAGACAAACAACCUUUAUAUCCUCAUUGGGGUCGCUGUGGUCUUCCUCCUUUGCCUUCUCCUCUUCCUUCUCUUCUGCUUCCAUAGCCACCAUCAGAAAAAGCAGGGGCUCCCAAAGAGCAAGAGCCAGGAGCACAGGCCACAAAAGAGGCUCAGCCUAGUGAUUAAUGGCCUGGAGAGCACACCAGACAUAGUCACAGAUGACUUGCUUCCUGAGGACAAAAGAACAGAAACCUUGAUCCCUGAUGCAGGAGGUCUUCUGGAGGUGACAUAUGCCCAGCUGGACCAUCAUGCCCUCACACAGAAAACAGCUGGAGAUGUGACCCCACGGAGCACAGAAACCAUGACUGAGUCCAGCACAUAUGCAGCCAUCAUCAGACGCUGAGCCUGGGCACACCUGGAGACACGCAUAGUCACUAUUGGAAAAACCCAAAGUGGCCAUUCAAGGGCUUCUUUUGGAAUCAACCUGGUGUGGAAAGCUAGUCAACCAGCCCUGCUUGAGGCAGAAACUGGACCCUGGAAGCCCCUGUUCCCCAUCUAGGAGUUGUAUUGUGUAGGUGAUAGUAUCAGUUCUUGGAAAGACCAUGUUGAGGUAAGCUUCAAAGCCCCUUUACAAUCACCUAGUUGUUUUCACAGACACAGUUAGAGCCCCUUACUCAUUUCUACAGACCCUUCCAUAGCCCAGAUUAUUUAAUGAAGAGCAUGAUUUCUUUCCUGCUACACCCCCAUUUUGCAAUGAGCCCAGUGAACUCUUAAGGCUUCCUUGGAUCCCCUGCUGACUCUGGCUGGGUUGUACUCAUGCAGCUGAGAGAUAAGAUGCUUCUCGGCAUCAGGCUUCAUGGGAUGCAUCAUGGGAAGUUUUGAAGAUGGAACAUCAAGGGCGCAUCAUGGGUAUUUCUGAAGAUGGAACAUCUACAAUUUGUGCGGGUCUCAAACACACAGCCCCUGAGAACCAAAAUUCUGCCUUUAUUGGUUUCAGAAAUGAGGGGAGAAAUGGGGGCUACAACGGGUGCUUAUGAUUUCUUUUUUGAUUAAAAUAUAUGUACAGACUAA